CGCAGCUGCGUCACGCGAGAGCAAAUGACACGCUGAAGGAGCGCACACAGACGGACGCGCGCGACAGAAUAAAGAGCGAAAAAACACAAACGGUUACUACAACGCUUCCGAAGCCGUUUAACCGUUUACAUGACAUUUUCUCCGCCUUCCUCACAGUAGCCGUAGAGUAAAUUCCCCACACACGAACAAGAAAAUAAGCCAGAAUAUCAGGGAUGGAUGUGAAAGAUCAAGGAGCGCAGAUGGAGCCGCUGCUUCCUGCGGUUCAGAGUCCUGCUAGUGAUUCUGAGAGACAGGAUGAGGAAGCUGUGCUGGACAGAGGUGGGACUCGGUCUAUGCUCAACACCAAUUUUGAGAAAGAGGAGCUAGAAGGCCAUCGUACCCUCUACAUUGGUGUUCAUGUACCUCUGGGUCGGAGAUCACACAGACGGCAUCGCCAUCAUGGACAUCGCCACAGGAAGAGGUCACGAGAAAGGGACUCUGGAACAGAGGAUGGCAGAGAAUCACCUUCAUACACGGACACACCGUCUCAGCGUGUGCAGUUCCUGCUGGGAAUGGAGGAUGAUGAGGAACACAUUCCACACGCUCUUUUCACAGAACUGGACGAGAUCUGCCUGAAGGAGGGAGAGGAUGCAGAGUGGAAAGAGACGGCCAGAUGGCUGAAGUUUGAGGAAGAUGUGGAGGAUGGAGGAGAGAGGUGGAGUAAACCGUAUGUGGCUACACUGUCCCUUCAUAGUCUGUUUGAGCUCCGGAGCUGCAUCCUUAAUGGCACCGUCAUGCUGGACAUGAGGGCCAGCUCACUGGAGGAGAUCGCAGAUAUGGUUUUGGACCAGCACGAGACAUCGGGUCCAUUGGGAGAGGAGGUGAGGAAGAAGAUCCGAAAUGCUCUCCUUAAACAGCACCACCAUCAGAACCAGAAGAAACUGGCUAACCGGAUCCCCAUCGUACGCUCUUUCGCAGAUAUCGGCAGGAAACAGUCUGAACCUCAUUCCAUGGAUAAAAAUGUCACUACCACGAGCCAUUCGUCCCCCAGUCCCUGCUGCUCUUUCUGGUCUAGGUUCAGCAGCAGUGUAAGAGACAGACAGGUGCUCUUAUGCCCAGACUGGCCCCUACGAUGUCCCAAGUGUGUUUCAUCUCCCCAGAAACUACACCCAUGCCCUUCUGCCACCCCUGCCCCAAACAGUUCCCUCAUCCGACACCAUAAAACACACAUUCCCUUCAGCAAACGACUAAGCCCACCUUAUGGCUACCACGUCAUUCCCACACUGAACUUUGAGGAAGAGUCUCCAUCAGGUCAAAUGGUGUCUCCUCAGACUCAGCCCAUCAAUACAGAGGGUCGAGGUGAAGGCAGUCGUGAGAACAGUGCUGUUGACUUCAGCAAAAUAGACCUCCACUUCAUGAAAAAAAUCCCACCGGGGGCUGAGGCGUCUAACAUCUUGGUGGGUGAGCUGGAGUUUCUGGAGAAACCUGUGGUGGCCUUCAUCCGUCUGUCUCCUGCUGUGCUGCUCAAUGGGCUGGCAGAGGUCCCGAUCACCACCCGGUUUCUCUUCAUUCUGCUGGGGCCAAUGGGAAAAGGACCACAGUAUCAUGAGAUUGGUCGUUCCAUUGCCACACUCAUGACAGAUGAGGUGUUUCAUGAUGUGGCGUAUAAAGCAAAGGAGCGUUCUGAUCUUGUGGCUGGAAUUGAUGAAUUUUUGGACCAGGUGACUGUGCUGCCUCCUGGCGAAUGGGAUCCCACCAUCAGAAUAGAGCCACCUAAAAACGUGCCCUCACAGGAGAAGCGUAAAGUUCCUCCUCUGGCUAAUGGUGGUGCAGAUCUUGGGGAGGAAGAGGAACAUGGAGGCCAUGGUGGACCAGAGCUACAACGCACUGGGAGGAUUUUUGGUGGCCUUUUCCUGGACAUCAAGCGCAAGGCUCCUCACUAUCUGUCAGACUACACAGACGCCCUCAGCCUGCAGUGUCUGGCCUCCUUCCUCUUCCUCUACUGCGCCUGCAUGUCUCCGGUCAUCACCUUCGGAGGUCUGCUGGGAGAAGCUACUGAAGGACGCAUAAGUGCAAUAGAGUCUCUUUUUGGAGCCUCUAUGACGGGUAUUGCAUACUCAUUGUUUGCCGGGCAGCCCCUCACUAUUCUGGGCAGUACAGGGCCUGUAUUGGUCUUUGAGAAAAUCCUCUUCAAAUUCUGCAAAGAGUAUGGUCUGUCCUACCUCUCCUUACGCGUGUGCAUCGGCCUGUGGACGGCCUUUUUCUGUCUUCUGCUGGUGGCCACAGAUGCCAGUUCACUCGUGUGUUACAUCACGCGCUUUACAGAGGAGGCCUUCGCUUCUCUCAUCUGCAUCAUCUUCAUCUACGAGGCUCUGGAGAAACUCAUCCAUCUGGGAGAGACGUACCCUUUCAACAUGCACAACGACCUCAACAAACUCACUCAAUACUCGUGUGUAUGCACAAUUCCUAAAGAACCCAGUAAUGCCACACUGAAGUACUGGGAGGAAAAAAACAUCACUGCAUCUGAGAUCGACUGGUUAGGCCUAGAUGUCAAGGGCUGUGUGGAGAACAGGGGUGAAUUUGUGGGCAGUGCGUGUGGUCAUCACGGUCCUUACAUCCCUGACGUCCUCUUCUGGUCUGUCGUUCUCUUCUUCUCCACAGUGGCCAUGUCUUCUUUCCUCAAGGAGUUCAAAACCAGCCGCUACUUUCCCACCAAGGUGAGGCAGAUUAUCAGUGAUUUUGCUGUUUUCAUCACCAUCAUGACCAUGGUUCUGAUCGACUAUGGUCUGGGGGUUCCUUCACCCAAACUACAGGUUCCUAAUGUGUUCAAACCAACCAGAGAUGACCGUGGCUGGAUUAUCAGUCCACUGGGACCAAACCCGUGGUGGACUGUAAUUGUGACCUGCAUCCCAGCCCUGCUGUGUACUAUCCUCAUCUUCAUGGACCAACAGAUUACUGCCGUUAUUAUUAACAGGAAGGAACACAAGCUGAAGAAAGGCUGUGGUUAUCAUCUGGAUCUGUUUGUGGUGGGUGUGAUGUUGGGCGUUUGCUCUGUGAUGGGUCUGCCGUGGUUUGUGGCUGCCACUGUGCUGUCGAUCAGCCAUGUCAACAGUCUGAAGCUGGAGUCUGAAUGCUCCGCUCCUGGAGAACAGCCCAAGUUCUUGGGCAUCAGAGAGCAGCGCUUCACCGGCCUCAUGAUCUUCGUCCUCAUGGGCAGCUCAGUGUUUAUGACCUCCGUACUGAAGCAUAUUCCGAUGCCUGUGUUAUAUGGAGUUUUCCUUUAUAUGGGAGCAUCGUCUCUCAGAGGCAUACAGUUCUUUGAUCGCCUGAAGCUGUUUGGGAUGCCGGCGAAACACCAGCCUGAUUUUAUCUAUCUGAGACACGUUCCGCUGAGAAAAGUCCACAUGUUCACCAUUAUCCAGCUCAGCUGCCUGGUGCUUCUCUGGGUCAUUAAAACCUCCAGAGCCGCCAUAGUCUUUCCAAUGAUGGUAUUGGCUCUCGUCUUCAUCCGUAAGCUGCUGGAUUUUGUCUUUUCUAAGCGAGAUCUCAGCUGGCUCGAUGACCUCAUGCCCGAGAGCAAGAAGAAAAAGAUGGAAGAUGCACAGCAGGAGGAGAAUCAGUGUGUCUUGAUUGAGGAUGAAGGGAUUGUACAAGUACCCCUAGAAGGACAUUAUAAGGACGAUCCAUCCACAGUCAACAUCACAGAUGAAAUGACAAAGACAUCUUUUGGAAAUGUCUGGAAAGGCCUAAACCCUGAAAGCGCCAACAAAGAAGAAAGCUCAAAAAGCUCCCUGUCCUAAUGUCUCAGAUGCUGAUUUCUGAAGCUCAACAGUUAUGGGUGCCACUGGACAAGAGCGAAGCGAUGAAGACAAAGAGAACGAUUUGGAUAGAGAGACGAGUUUGUGAGUUGAUGUAUUUGGAAACUCUCUGUAUCGUGCCACACUACAAGCACUACUUUAUGCUUCUGUUCUGUAGGUCUGUGUGUGCCAGUCUGUGCCCAGGCACUUGUUGUAUUUACAUGUUAUAUUUACAUGUUUUUAUAUAUGUUUGAGCGCGUGUGUGGAGAUGAGUGCGACUGAAUUUGUAUGAUUGAAUCUGCCACCCACAAGGACGAUUGUUGGGUUGCGUUUUCCAGUCUAACGGUCCAAUUGUAGUUUCACCUGUAGGUAAAUAAAAUAAGGUUACUUUUGUUUUCAGCCAGGUAGACCGUAUUUUGUAUGUUUUAUAAUUUUUUUGACUGUAGAUCCUAUUGAAAUCUCUCGUCUUAUAGCCUGUACGUGUUUUUAAUAUACAAUUCAUUUUUUUUAUUACACAUAAAUGAUUGAUAUUCAUUCACAUAGUUAAAAUAUUGUAUUAACGUGAAGCAAUUUCUGAUAGAAGAUGCAAAAUGUACAGAGCCUGGGAAGGGAUGUGAUGGUGGGGGAAAAAACUGGGUGGGAGAAAAAAAA